UGGAAAACACCUCGGAAUCCCAGCUGGAAAACACCUGAGGAUGUCAAACAUGGACAUGCCAACCAGUUUUCCCAACACCUCUUUUCCCAACACCGUGGAAAAGGACUGUAACCACAGCUUUCUCAACAACUGGAACAACUGGGUCCCUCCGUACAUCUACGUCAUCACCGCUCUGGGCAUCCCCCUCAACCUGCUGGUGCUCCUGGUCUUCCUGCUCCACAAGAAGAAAUGCUCCGCCACCGAGAUCUACCUGUGCAACAUGGCCGCCGCCGAUCUCCUCCUGAUGGUCUUCUUGCCUUUCUGGGGCGUAUACCAGGCCAAUUAUCACGUCUGGACUUUCGGUGGACCUACGUGCACAGUUGUCAGUCUUCUAAUGGUCAUGAACUACAACUGCAGCAUCUAUUUCCUUGUCCUGGUUUGCGCUGACCGUUUUUUAGCGUUGGUUUACCCGCUGACACAGUGCAAACUGCGUAGACGUAAAUACGCAAUGUUGGGUUGUUUUUUGGCUUGGUGCUUGGGUCUGCUGCUAAACAUCCCGACUCUUAUGUGCAAAAGAGCCAUAUUAUAUGACAACAAAACCUUUAGUGACGGUAUAGAGGAAUACACAUGCCAGUGGAAUUGUUCCCCGGAUUUUUAUUUCACACAUGAGGUGAUACAAACCAUUGUGGCGUUUGUUAUUCCAUCUCUCAUCAUUUUAUUCUGCACUGUUAAAAUCCUCCAAGUGCUGAGAGCAAGGCCUAGCAACGAAGACAGCACACUACAAAAGGAACACAAAGCCACCGUUUUAAUUCUUAGCGUGUUGUUGGCGUUUUUCAUCUGCUGGUUGCCGUUUAGCUUAACUAGAAUGAUAGAGCAAGCGGUAAGAUACAAACUCAUUCGGGAAACGUGCAGCCUAAUACAGCACUUGUAUAUCUGCAGACUUCUCUUCGUCAACUUUGGGUUCUUCAACAGCGUUCUUAAUCCCAUCCUGUACGUCAUCGUGGGUAAGAAUUUUCGGAAGAAAAUGAGAGAGGUGGUGGGAGGCCGUGAGUCAUUUAAAAUUCCCAGCACUUUGUUCACCACAUCCACUGUCAGAGGAUCUUAGAAUCUGUAGUUUCUGUCCAGCCGUCCGUCUUGG